GACUCAACUUAUCUGCCCCCGGCUGUGGAGAUGCAUUUCAGACAGCACGUCGUUAGUUGAGGUUCAUCCGUGUUACUAGCAUGAUGUACCGCCGAUCGACGGUGGUGGUUUUGUUGGUGGUGUUAGCAUUACUUUGCGUCGGCAAUGAAGCUCUACACUCACUGUUUCCGAUCGACAUCGGUUUGAUGGAAGAAGAUCCUGUGCUUCCUCUCGAAAGGGAUACGUUUGAUGACUGUCAUUUGCGCUACGCGCGCUAUGGAAGAGAUGACUGGACGAUCCGAGACGGUUUCCCACCCUACAAGGAAUCGCGCGACUACAGUCACAUUGCUGCUAUCGGGAGGGCUCGCGAAGGAGGUGCAAUCGAUUGGAGCUGCAUGGGCGCACUAAUAUGGGACAGUGUUGUGCUAACGACGGCCCAGUGCACCAUAGGCGAAGGUUCUUCCAGGAAAAGCGCACCGAACGUGGUACGGCUCGGAGGACCGACGUACGUGCAGCAGAGGAACAUCAAAGAAAUCGUACGCCAUCCCGACUUUUCCGCGAGCACUGGUCAGAACGAUAUUGCCUUGGUUCGGUUGGAUGGCAGAAUUGCAAUCAACGAAACGGCUGUACCGACGUGUUUGUGGCUCUGGGAGGAAGUGCCAUUUUCCACUUUGGACUCUUUGCUGCGCACUACAGACAGUGAUGAACCAUACGCCGCUGAGGAGUUGAACCGACUGAAUGUUCGGAGUGAGGAUUGCUCCUCACCAACGACACGCAACCACGGCCUACCGGAAACACAGCUAUGCAUGAAAACUCAGUGCACUGAAGAGUUGGAUGAAGCUGAAUGUAAUGAAACGCCCGAAGGGAAUCUGCUGCAAGUGCGGCUCCUACACAACUACAAAACCAGUCCCUUUCUGGUGGGAAUACUGUCUACCAGCUUCGCGUCGGGCACUUGCAACCCUGUGCGAGGCUAUACCAAGAUCGCACCCUACCGCGACUGGAUGAUGCAGGUGCUUGGCGAGCAAAAUCUCACAGCACCACCGCAAGCCUUCUUCCCGGCCGUUUGUGCCUAUCGUUACGCCCAAUUUCGGCCACGUGUCGAAUAUCUGAUGAACGAACGUCUCGGUGAUAUACCGAUUAAUGACGCACAGGUGGAAAGUACGCGUGAUAGAGAUCUUGGCUACAUCGUACAAUUCGAAUGGCCGUCGGAGGAAAACAAUGCUUCACAGCCCGACUGUGCCGGUACGUUUGUCGAUCAGCAAACUAUACUAACUCUGGCAUCGUGUGUAAGUCCAGCAACAUCGGAUGGAUCCCAACCAUCAGCUGCGAUACACGUGAUGUCCCACAAAAAUCAGUCUUAUCCGAUCGAAUCGAUCACGGUGCAUCCUCAGUACGUUAGAGGAUCUCAUAAGAACAACAUAGCAGUCGUUAAGCUGAUGCAAACUCGCCAGAACAUCGUUCCGUCCUGUAUCUGGAGGUUCCCUGGCAUACCCGACGUACGAUUCGAUCUGACCGGUAUUGGAGUAAGCAGCUUAAAUCAUUACCAAGACGAUUCAUUCUUCGAUCCAACGCAAGGCGGAAACACUAUCGUACAGCAUGCGAUGAAUAUGCGUCCCUUCGAAAAUUGUAUUGCAGACUUGGUUGAGCUGAUUGGCAAUCGCUCGUUGAAGGGGCUGAGUGCGAACGAGCACUUGUGUUUCCACAGCGAUCGUUGGCUAGUGCCUGGCGUAUGCCGGGAUAUUGUCGGUGGACCAGUGCUGCGGUAUGUUGACAGGGGUGGCGCAUACUUUAAAUAUUUGUACGCGAUGACCGUUGGUGGGCGGACCUGUGGCUACGGACAGCCAACGGUAGCGAUACAGCUUGCUCCACAUUAUGCCUGGCUGCAGUCGGUGAUGUUUGACCAACGGAGUACGGGUGUGGCGGAACCAUCCGACUCGGUGAUCGUUAUCAAUCCGGACCUGAAACGAAGCGACGAGUGUAGCAAUGGUGAUGGAACGAUGGGUAUCUGUGUGCCGUAUGAGCUGUGCCUAAGCACGAAGGAGCGUCUGCGCAAAGGGGAACGAGUGACGCUCUGCACUGACGGGUCUGUCGUAUGCUGCCCGUGGGGAGAUAUUGCGAAAAACUCGGCCGUGGAUCCGAUACGUACCGAGCUGGAAAGCUGCGAGAACCUUUAUCGUUCCUUGCGACUCGAGCGCUUUCAACGCACGAUCCACAACGAAUCGCUUUACACCAACCACCAGCAUGUAGCGGAAAUCGGAUGGCCUCAGAACAAUGGACGAAUCGUGUUUGAAUGUAACGGCUUUCUGAUAACGCCCAAAACCAUCGUUUCCAGUGCCCGUUGUUUGGAAACGUACCCACACAGACCGACGGUGGCUCGGAUCGGAUUUUUGGGGGCUUCCGACGCUUCCCACUACGUUAUCCAGCCGAUUCGUCGGGUGCGAAUCCACGAAGAGUACGAUCCGUUGACGGGUGUGAACAACAUUGCGCUGGUCGCACUAACGGCACCGAUCGAAGUGAAUAUCCACCAUUUCCCCGGCUGUUUGCAUCGGAACAACACUCACCUUCCUGUGCGGCAGUUUGCUAUCAACGAAAACCGAGAAGCAGUUGUUGCUCAAAAAGUGUCCCCCCUCUAUCAGAGUGAUUGUGCGGAACGUCUCGCGGACAAGCUUGCUGCUGGCCAAAUGUGUUUGCUGAAGUCUACACCGGAAAACCGUGAAGCAUGGUUUCGUCGCACCUGCCUCAAAACGGGAGACGUCAUCGUGUGGGAGAAUCGUACGGAAGAGAUGGAGAUAAUCGAUUCCAUAUACCUGGUAGGUCUCUACAGUCAUGGUGGCUGUGAGGUGGGAAAUGUCCAGAUUGCUACACGCAUCUCGCACUACUUCGACUGGAUAGUACUCAAUGCUAAGUAGCUCCGGGCGUUAGGGCGCGCAAUACUAUGCAAAUAAAUCCUUAAGCUCCAGCACGUCGA